GGGACAUCAAAUCUUACGACUAUACUGAAUUUUCUGACCCUAAAGAAAUUGGUAAAGGGGGAUUCGGAGUUGUGUAUAAAUCAAUUGCUCUUAAAAAAUUAAUCAAUAUACCUUCGAACCAAGAGAAGACUAUGCAAGAAUUUAUUAAGGAG